AUGUUAGAUGGUACAAUUUCUCAGACUGGUCGCAUCUGGCACCAGGUUCACCUCACGGUUUUGGCCAAUGGCCAUAUACACUCCAUCCCCUUCUUAGUCUGCCCCAUUGGGACCACACCCGCCAUACUUGGCAUGACAUGGCUCACUCAGGAGUCACCCCUUAUAGACUGGAACCUAGGCACUGUCACCUUCCCCGACCAAGUCCAGAUAGCCUCUGAAGAAGAAGCAGACCCUGAUCCAUUAGCAGACCUACCCACGGAGUACCAUGAAUUCUCCAGAGUAUUCGGCAAAGAGGAAUUUAAGGUCCUUCCCCCCCACAGGGAGUAUGACAUUGCCAUCGACCUACUUCCCAACGCCAAACUCUCACCCGGACCUAUUUACGGCAUGACCAAUGCAGAAUCCAAGGCGCUAAAACAACAUAUUGACAAGGAGCUGGCAAUGGGCAAGAUUCGCCCUAGUACCUCCUCAGCAGGCGCCCCGGUCAUGUUUGUAAAAAAGGCAGAUGGCUCCCUCAGACUGGUUGUUGAUUAUAGGAAGUUGAACGAGGUGACCCACAAAAACGUCUAUCCCCUACCAAGACAGGAUGACCUCAUGGCAAAACUCAGGCAUGCUAAGAUCUUUACCAAGUUGGACUUACGUUGGGGUUAUAACAACGUACGCAUCAAGGAAGGAGAUGAAUGGAAGACGGCCUUUAGAACCAAAUACGGCCUCUUUGAAUAUCUAGUCAUGCCAUUUGGCCUCACCAAUGCCCCUGCAGCGUUUCAACAUUUUAUGAACGACCUAUUCAGGGACCUGAUUGAUGUAACCGUGGUAAUUUACCUAGACGACAUCCUCAUCUUCUUGGAGAAACCAGAAGAUCAUCCAGCCCAUGUCAGAGAGGUACUAUCCCGUCUUAUGAAGAACCAACUGUUCUGCAAGUUGUCAAAAUGCCACUUCCACGUGACCACCGUAGAUUACCUUGGUAUCGUCAUCUCCCCGGAUGGAUUCUCAAUGGACCAAAAGAAGAUCGAGGCUGUCACCUCUUGGCCCACUCCCAGAACGGUUAAACAGGUCCAGGCCUUCCUAGGAUUCGUGAAUUACCUCAGACGUUUCAUCCCCAAUUUCAGUUUGGUUGCACGCCCCCUCCAUAACCUCACCAAAAAGGAAACCCCUUGGUCAUGGGGUAACCUAGAGGAAGUAGCGUUCCAGGAAUUGAAGUCCCUUGUUACCCGGUUGCCCGUCCUCAUUCAUUCAAAUCCGGACCUCCCUUACUACCUCAAAACGGACGCAUCGGGAGUAGCCAUGGGAGCCAUACUCAGUCAACAAGGCCCAGAUAAUUGGUUGCAUCCCAUUGCCUACAUGUCAAAAUCCUUCUUGGGAGCUGAAGCAAAUUACAACACCCAUGACAAAGAGCUUCUGGCAAUUAUCAAGGCAUUAGAGGAAUGGCAAAUUUUCCUAGAGGCAACGGACAGACCAAUCCAAGUUUUCACAGAUCAUAGAAACCUGGAAUAUUGGAUGCAAGCUAGGACUUUCAACCGCAGGCACGCCAGGUGGCGCAUAUUCCUGAGUGACUACAACUUUGAAAUCCACUACCAACCAGGGAAACAGUCGGGGAAACCAGAUGCAUUGUCCAGACGUUCAGACUAUGUUGACCUCCCCUCUGAACCAGAAAUUAUGCUCCCGGCAGAAGUUUUUGCCAAUACGUCAGAAGAAGAGCUGGAAAUUGUCACAGAAAUACGCUCCAAGUUAAGAGAGGAUCCCUCCUUAGAACCAAUCAUUCAGUUCCUAACAGAGGACGCCAACAAUGCGCCACCAUCCAUUCAAAAGGCCUAUUGA